CCGCGGACGCACCCGCGCGCGUUCGUCGCCCCGUCGCGUCGCGCGUCGCUUCCUCGCGAGCUCGCGAGAGGCGACCGCGCGCUCGCGGCGCGCGCGCGACCGCGUCGAGCGCGCCCUCGGCCGCGUCGAACGCCCGCGGCGCCGCCCAUUUGUUGCAUCUCGCGCGGCGGCAGCGGCGGAAGCUCUCGACUACGAGUAGCGCGUAAAAAUCGCAGCACUCUGCGCGCGUCGUCGCGUCGACGUUCGGAGGAAGGGCGAGAUGCCGACGACGUUCACGACGUUCCCGUGGCACCACCGCCGUCUCCUGUCCGGGGAGACGGCGACCGCGGACGAGUCCACGGACACGGGCUACUACGUGCUCUACUUCCUCUUCGUCUCCCUCGUCGCCGGCGCCAUCGCGCGCGGCGCGGUGCGAGGCACGCGCCUGCCGUACACCGUCUCGCUGCUCUUCAUCGGCCUCUGCAUCGGCUUCGUGCACAACUACGCGGACCUCGGCGUGCUGUCCAAGUCCAUAGACGUCUGGGUGAACAUCGGCCCGCACACGAUGCUGUCGGUGUUCCUCCCCGCGCUCGUCUUCGAGUCAGCGUUUUCGCUCGAGUGGCACACGUUUCGACGGUGCGCGUCGCAGGUGCUUUGGCUCGCCGGCCCCGGCGUGCUCUUCGGGACGCUGCUCUUGGGGAGCAUCUUCAAGGGGAUACUCCCGUACGGCUGGGGCUGGGGCGCGUCGCUGAUGCUGGGAAGCAUCCUGAGCGCGACGGACCCCGUGGCUGUGGUCGCUUUGCUCAAAGAAGUCGGCGCGUCGAAACGGUUGGGGCACAUCAUCGAGGGCGAGUCGCUCGUGAACGACGGCACCGCGAUCGUCGUCUUCUCGCUGCUCAACGAGAUCGCGAAAGGGAACGACAAGACGCCGCUGCAGAUCUUCGCGUUCUUCAUGUGGGUGCCUUUCGGCGCCGGGGUCGUGGGGCUGUGCAUCGCGCUCGGAUGCCACGCGUGGUUGGGCCUCGGCGCCGUCGCCGGCGAUCACAUCGUGCAGAUCUCCGUCACCGUGUUCGCGUGUUACCUGUGCUUUCUCGUCGCGGAGUUUCAGGCGGAAGCGUCCGGGGUGCUCGCGGUCGUGAUCCUGGGCGUGUGCAUCGGCGCGUUUGGACGCGGGUUUUUCACCGGCGAGACGGAGCACAGCUUGCAUCACUUUUGGGAGAUGCUGACGUUCAUCGCCAACACGGUGUUGUUUAUCCUCACCGGGGUCAUCAUCGCCGAGACGACGGUGUCUUCGAGCACGUCUGGGGAGCUCAGCGGGAGCGACAUCGGGUGGGGACUGCUCGUGUACGUCAUCGUCGUCCUCGCGCGCGCGAUUUUACUGACGGUGUUAUUCCCCAUCCUGCGUCGGUGCGGGUACGGACUCACCGUCCAGGACGCCGCGGUGUGCGUCUGGGGGGGACUCCGCGGCGCCGUCGGGCUCGCGCUCGCGCUCGUCGUCAGCGAGGAGAGCUCGCACUACACGGACAAUAAAGUCGGUCCGAUCGUGUUGCUGUUCACCGGCAUCGUCGUCGUGUUGACGCUCACGGUGAACGGGACGACGACGUCGAUGGUGCUUCAGCGGUUAGGGCUGACGCGGCCGGAGGUGAGCGUGCAAGUCGCGGUGCGAAAGGCGAGGAAACACA